UGCGUUCUCAUUGGUGGAUUCUAGAACUUCCAGAAUAUUCUUUGACCUCGUAUAAAGCAGGCCAUCGCUUGGAUUCGUUCGAUUUGAUUGCAGUCGUUGCUCUAGUGCACACGUAAUUUAAGUAUUUAUUUAAGAAUUGUCUGCAAAUAAUUAAUUUUAAGAUGGCAAAAGCCCCAGCUGUAGGUAUUGAUUUAGGAACAACCUACUCCUGUGUAGGAGUUUUCCAACAUGGCAAAGUUGAAAUUAUUGCCAACGACCAAGGUAACAGAACCACACCAUCAUAUGUGGCCUUCACAGACACAGAACGUCUCAUUGGAGAUGCUGCCAAGAACCAGGUAGCCAUGAACCCCAAUAACACAAUUUUUGAUGCCAAACGUCUUAUUGGGCGUCGCUUUGAUGACAGUGCUGUACAGUCUGACAUGAAACAUUGGCCAUUUGAAGUAGUAAAUGAUGCCGGUAAACCAAAGAUUAAAGUUGCCUACAAGGGCGAAGAGAAAUCCUUCUAUCCAGAAGAAGUCAGUUCCAUGGUCCUCACAAAAAUGAAGGAAACAGCAGAAGCAUACCUAGGAAAGAAUGUCACCAAUGCUGUCAUCACAGUACCUGCUUAUUUCAAUGACUCACAACGUCAAGCUACCAAAGAUGCUGGAACCAUUGCUGGACUUCAGGUUCUACGUAUUAUUAAUGAGCCCACUGCUGCUGCCAUUGCCUAUGGUUUAGACAAGAAGGGUCAAGGUGAAAGAAAUGUCCUCAUUUUCGAUCUAGGUGGUGGUACUUUUGAUGUAUCAAUCUUAACAAUUGAAGAUGGUAUCUUUGAAGUAAAAUCAACUGCUGGAGACACUCAUUUAGGAGGUGAAGACUUUGACAACAGAAUGGUCAAUCACUUUGUUGGAGAAUUCAAGAGGAAAUACAAGAAAGAUCUUACCACAAACAAACGUGCCCUCCGUCGUUUGAGAACAAGCUGUGAAAGAGCGAAGAGAACCCUUUCCUCAUCGACCCAAGCUAGCAUUGAAAUUGAUUCUCUAUUUGAGGGUAUUGACUUCUACACCUCAAUCACCAGGGCUAGAUUUGAAGAACUCAAUGCUGAUUUAUUCAGAUCUACCAUGGAACCUGUAGAAAAGGCCAUCAGGGAUGCCAAGAUGGACAAAUCUCAAGUCCAUGAUAUUGUAUUGGUUGGUGGAUCUACCCGUAUUCCAAAGGUACAAAAACUGUUGCAAGAUUUCUUCAAUGGUAAAGAAUUGAACAAAUCAAUUAACCCCGAUGAAGCUGUUGCUUAUGGUGCAGCCGUCCAAGCUGCCAUCUUGCACGGAGAUAAGUCUGAGGAAGUACAGGACUUGCUCUUGCUCGAUGUCACUCCACUCUCAUUGGGUAUUGAAACUGCUGGAGGUGUUAUGACUGCCCUCAUCAAACGUAACACCACUAUUCCCACCAAGCAAACUCAGACAUUCACUACUUACUCUGACAACCAACCCGGAGUACUUAUUCAGGUAUAUGAAGGUGAACGUGCCAUGACCAAGGACAACAACCUCUUGGGUAAAUUUGAACUUACCGGCAUUCCUCCUGCACCCCGUGGUGUCCCUCAAAUCGAAGUAACCUUUGACAUUGAUGCCAAUGGUAUCUUAAAUGUCACAGCUAUUGAAAAAUCCACCAACAAAGAAAACAAGAUCACAAUCACCAACGAUAAAGGUCGUCUCAGCAAAGAAGACAUUGAAAGAAUGGUUAAUGAUGCCGAAAAAUACCGUAAUGAAGAUGAUAAGCAAAAGGCUACCAUCUCAGCUAAAAAUGUUCUCGAAUCUUACUGUUUCAACAUCAAGAGCACCAUGGAAGAUGACAAAAUCAAGGAUAAGAUCAGCGAAAGCGACAAAACCACCGUCAUGGAGAAAUGCAAUGAAGUUAUUGCUUGGUUGGAUGCUAACCAAUUAGCUGAGAAGGAAGAAUACGAACACAAACAAAAGGAGCUCGAAAACAUCUGCAACCCCAUCAUCACCAAGUUGUAUCAAGGUGCCGGUGGAGCUCCAGGUGGCAUGCCAGGCGGUUUCCCAGGUGGAGCAGCUCCAGGAGCUGCAGGUGCCGCCGGAGGUGCUGGACCAACCAUUGAAGAAGUUGAUUAAAUUAUUCAUUCCAUUUUUGUAACUUUUGUUAACUAUUGUGCAGUAUUACUUGCAGACAAAGCUUUUUUAAAAUUUACUUUUUUACACAAUUUUUCAAUUGUUAGACAACGUUUUUGGUAACAGUUAAAAAAUUACUGCAAUAAUUAUGUUCGUUCAUGAAUAAAAUAAAAAGUCAAAUCCG